AUGGCUCGACUUUCACAUUCGACUCACAACUCGACCUCAGCUGGCUCAAUGCCUCCUCUGUGUCCUGCUGACAACACCACCUCGACUGGCGCUAUGAAUGCUACUCACUCUCAGCCCAAGGACAAGGGCAAAGGAGAAGCUGUCGUCACACCAAAGAACGAGGACAAGGGAAACGCCGGUGCUACACCUCAUGCUCCUGGUUCUUCCAGCUUGUCUAGUAUUUCUACACCGGAUGCUUCGUUCGAAGGACUCGAAUGGUUUAAUGCAGGCAAUGAUUUCCCAGCUGAUGAUAACCCGACCCGACCCAACCAGGCUGCUGCUGCCCCACGUGCUCCCAGUCUGUCCAUGUCGACUUGUUCAUCCAGCUCUUCCGACUCGAAAGAGGGAGGCGCUCCCAUCGAUGCAGGCCAUGAUUUCCACGUUGGCGACUCGAAUCAAGACAUGAACGAGGCCACGGAUCAUGAUUCCGAUGCGGACGACUCGGAUGACGAUGACCCCGCUGGCGACUCGCUUUUGUCCAAGGUCGCCCCUUUCAUGAGACUCGAUCCGCCCAGGACUAUUUUCAACAGCCUCGAUCAGUUUCUCCAGGAAAAAGGCGUCACCGACGAGAGUGACCGCUGCUACGUCACGGGCGCCCAGUUUGGCAUAGGCCUCGGCGUCAUGGAGAUGAGGAAGGUCCUCGUAGAAGAGCUAGAGAGAGCAGGCACCAUCUUCGGCCUCCCCGUGCCUCUCGACCACCCGGGCCAGACUCGAGCUCAGCAGCGCCGCGCCAUCGAAAAGGGAGACAAAAGCCGAGGCUUGCAGGCCGCCCAGUACGCCGGCAGGAAGUACAUCGAGUUUACUCUGAACACCCGUGAAACUCACGGCCUCAAGAGAAAGGUUGACCCCCGCGAUGCUCCCGCCAAUGUUCCCGCUAAGGCUCCCGUCAACGCCAAUCGCUCGGUCAAUCCUCAUCUAAGCUCUCCCAACACUCCCUUCGUGAACCUCCGCGAUCUCAGCAUUCACGGUCCGGCCUACCGAACCCUUCAACAGGAUUCGUCGCAUAAGUCCAUGACGUUCGACCACACAUUCGCCACGGCAAACGACGGCAAGUGCAAGGGAUGGCUCUCAGGCAUGAACGACAACACCACUGUCAGCGGCCGCGACGCCAACUUCCGCCCCACGCCUCCCCAGCCCUUCCGCCUUGGCGCCCCGGCCGGCCCCCGUGCGACGCAAACUCGAGGCUACAGUCCCACCGCUCCGACGCCCAGCCAGCCUGCCGUUAACCUCGCUAUUGGUCGAGGCCAGAUGAUGUCGCCUACCGCUUUUACGCUGCCCGGUCCUCGUGGAGCCCAACCGGGAACGCCUACCCCCACCACCUCGGGACUUGGAAGCCAGAGUGGCCUGAGACGGAAUCGCCCUUCGCCUUUGAGACUUGAACCUCAGACUGGCCAGACUCUCACUCGGCCUUCGCCUUUGAGACUUGAAGCUCAGGUUGAUAGGUUACAGGCUCAGUCUUCGUCCAAUAGCCCGCCCGCUUUGCAGAACAACGGGCUAGGGUUGCACGGCAUGACCACCCGCUCUCAGCACAGUACAACAAGCAUGAGGUUGUCCACGAGGAACUACCCAGCCCACACGACCUAUCGACCUAUCGACCUUUCACAUUUGCACAACCCCUUCUUUGUUUUGGUUUUCGUUUGAGAUUUGGCCCCUAAUUCUUUACACUCGCAGAAGGAAGGAUAUACCCAACGUGGUCCUUCUCAUUUUAAAUUUCUCAGGUCGUUUUGAGCUAGGAGAGC